CUGGGCAGCGGCCGGGCUCUGUGGCUUCAGGGCUCGGAGGGAGAGAGGGAGGGUGGCAAAGAGAGUGAGUCGGUACCGCUGCCUGCUUGAGGAGAGAGGAGGGGUCCCGCUCGCCCAGCGCCCUUCGCGGGCCAAGAGUGCUAAGCACCCGCGAGCCUCUAAGGCCUCCCGGCCCCUGGGGACCCCGCCCCGCCGCCCGCCGGCCGGCCCGCGGCCUCUCUUCUCUUUGUGAGCGCCCCCUUCCCAGGGGUGGUGGUGGUGGUGGCGGAGGGCCGCGCGUGGGCCCGCCCGCCGAGGGGCCGCGGCGGGGGACCGAGAGGGCCUCGGCUGUGUGAGGACGGGAGGCGGCCGAGGCCCGGGCCGGUUCCCCCAAGGCGGCGGCGGCGGCUCCGGGCACUUCCCCGCGCCAUCUUAGCUGAGCCCCAGCGCUGAGGGCGCCUCCUCGACUCUGGUCGUCCCCUCGCCGCCCCCCUCCCCGCCCCUUGUCGCAGAGCUUGGGCUGGGCGGCUUGCCGGGGCUCCGCGGGGGGGGGGGCGGCGGUCGUUCGCCAGGCCCCCUCCUCCUCACUCCUCGCCCUCCAGCUAGCAGCCACCUGAGCGCUGCGGGGGGCUGCGCUUGCCUACUUCGCUGUAGACCUGUCGGCUAAAGGUACUUUAUGCCAACGUGGCUUCAUUCAUACAGAUGAACCAAGGAUUGGGAUAGCAGUAUAAAAUUAGAAUAAGACAGCUGACUGCCCAGCAGGAUGCCAUCAACUAACAGAGCAGGCAGUCUAAAGGACCCUGAAAUUGCAGAACUCUUCUUCAAAGAAGAUCCAGAAAAGCUCUUCACAGAUCUCAGAGAAAUUGGCCAUGGAAGCUUUGGAGCGGUCUAUUUUGCACGGGAUGUGCGUACCAAUGAAGUGGUGGCCAUCAAGAAAAUGUCUUAUAGUGGAAAGCAAUCUACUGAGAAAUGGCAGGAUAUUAUUAAAGAAGUCAAGUUUCUACAAAGAAUAAAACAUCCCAACAGUAUAGAAUACAAAGGCUGCUAUUUACGUGAACACACAGCUUGGCUUGUAAUGGAAUAUUGUUUAGGAUCUGCUUCAGAUUUACUAGAAGUUCACAAAAAGCCAUUACAAGAAGUGGAAAUAGCAGCAAUUACACAUGGUGCUCUCCAGGGAUUAGCCUACUUACAUUCUCAUACCAUGAUCCAUAGAGAUAUCAAAGCAGGAAAUAUCCUUCUGACAGAACCAGGCCAGGUGAAACUUGCUGAUUUUGGAUCUGCUUCCAUGGCAUCUCCUGCCAAUUCUUUUGUGGGAACACCAUAUUGGAUGGCCCCAGAGGUAAUUUUAGCCAUGGAUGAAGGACAAUACGAUGGCAAAGUUGAUGUAUGGUCUCUUGGAAUAACAUGUAUUGAACUUGCGGAAAGGAAACCUCCUUUAUUUAAUAUGAAUGCAAUGAGUGCCUUAUAUCACAUAGCCCAAAAUGAAUCCCCUACACUACAGUCUAAUGAAUGGUCUGAUUAUUUUCGCAACUUUGUAGAUUCUUGCCUCCAGAAAAUCCCUCAAGAUCGUCCAACAUCAGAGGAACUUUUAAAGCACAUGUUUGUUCUUCGGGAGCGCCCUGAAACAGUGUUAAUAGAUCUUAUUCAGAGGACGAAGGAUGCAGUAAGAGAGCUGGAUAAUCUGCAGUAUCGAAAAAUGAAGAAACUUCUUUUUCAGGAGGCACAUAAUGGACCAACAGUGGAAGCACAGGAAGAAGAAGAGGAACAAGAUCAUGGUGUUGGCCGGACUGGAACAGUGAAUAGUGUUGGAAGUAAUCAGUCUAUUCCCAGUAUGUCUAUCAGUGCCAGCAGCCAAAGCAGUAGUGUUAACAGUCUUCCAGAUGCCUCAGAUGAUAAGAGUGAGCUAGACAUGAUGGAAGGAGACCAUACGGUGAUGUCCAACAGUUCUGUCAUCCAUUUAAAACCUGAAGAAGAAAAUUACAGAGAAGAAGGAGAUCCUAGAACAAGAGCAUCAGAUCCACAGUCUCCUCCCCAAGUAUCACGUCACAAAUCACACUAUCGUAAUCGAGAACAUUUUGCGACUAUAAGGACAGCAUCACUGGUUACCAGGCAAAUGCAAGAACAUGAGCAGGACUCUGAGCUUAGAGAACAGAUGUCUGGCUAUAAGCGAAUGAGGCGGCAGCAUCAAAAGCAACUGAUGACUCUGGAAAAUAAGCUAAAGGCUGAGAUGGAUGAACACCGCCUCAGAUUAGACAAAGAUCUUGAAACUCAGCGUAAUAAUUUUGCUGCAGAAAUGGAGAAACUUAUUAAGAAACAUCAGGCUGCUAUGGAAAAAGAGGCUAAAGUGAUGGCCAAUGAGGAGAAAAAAUUUCAGCAACAUAUUCAGGCCCAACAGAAGAAAGAACUCAAUAGCUUUUUGGAGUCCCAGAAAAGAGAAUAUAAACUUCGAAAAGAACAGCUUAAAGAGGAGCUGAAUGAAAACCAGAGCACCCCUAAAAAAGAAAAACAAGAGUGGCUUUCAAAGCAGAAGGAAAAUAUACAACAUUUCCAGGCAGAAGAAGAAGCUAACCUUCUUCGACGUCAGAGACAGUACCUAGAGCUGGAAUGCCGUCGCUUCAAGAGAAGAAUGUUACUUGGGCGGCAUAACUUGGAGCAAGACCUUGUCAGGGAGGAGUUAAACAAAAGACAGACUCAGAAGGACUUAGAGCAUGCAAUGCUACUUCGACAGCAUGAAUCCAUGCAAGAACUGGAGUUUCGUCACCUUAACACAAUUCAGAAGAUGCGCUGUGAGUUGAUCAGAUUGCAGCAUCAAACUGAGCUCACUAACCAGCUGGAAUAUAACAAGCGAAGGGAACGAGAACUAAGGCGAAAGCAUGUCAUGGAAGUUCGACAACAACCUAAGAGUUUGAAGUCUAAAGAACUCCAAAUAAAAAAGCAGUUUCAGGAUACCUGCAAAAUCCAAACCAGACAGUACAAAGCAUUAAGAAAUCACCUACUGGAGACUACACCAAAGAGCGAGCAUAAAGCUGUUCUGAAAAGGCUCAAGGAGGAACAGACCCGGAAGUUAGCCAUCUUGGCUGAGCAGUAUGAUCACAGCAUUAAUGAAAUGCUCUCCACACAGGCCCUGCGUUUGGAUGAAGCACAGGAAGCAGAAUGCCAGGUUUUGAAGAUGCAGCUGCAGCAGGAACUGGAGCUGUUGAAUGCAUAUCAGAGCAAAAUCAAGAUGCAAGCUGAGGCACAACAUGAUCGAGAGCCGGAGCUUGAACAGAGGGUCUCCCUCCGCAGGGCACUCUUAGAACAAAGAUUUUUAAAAAAUAAAUUGGCCUUCUUUUUGCUUCCCUUUCCCAACUCUCAACAGAUUGAAGAAGAAAUGUUGGCUUUGCAGAAUGAACGAACAGAACGAAUACGGAGCCUGUUGGAGCGUCAAGCUAGAGAAAUUGAAGCUUUUGACUCUGAAAGCAUGAGACUAGGUUUUAGUAACAUGGUCCUUUCUAACCUCUCCCCUGAGGCAUUCAGCCACAGCUACCCGGGAGCUUCCGGUUGGUCUCACAAUCCUACUGGGGGUCCAGGACCUCACUGGGGUCAUCCCAUGGGUGGCCCACCACAAGCUUGGGGCCAUCCAAUGCAAGGUGGACCCCAGCCAUGGGGUCACCCUUCAGGUCCAAUGCAAGGGGUACCCCGCGGUAGCAGUAUGGGAGUCCGCAAUAGCCCCCAGGCUUUGAGGCGGACAGCUUCUGGGGGACGGACGGAGCAGGGCAUGAGCAGAAGCACGAGUGUCACUUCACAAAUAUCGAAUGGGUCACACAUGUCUUAUACAUAACUUAAAAUUGAGAGUGGCAAUUCCGCUGGAGCUGUCUGCCAAAAGAAACUGCCUACAGACAUCAUCACAGCAGUCUCCUCACUUGGGUACUACAGUGUGGGAGCUGAGUGCAUAUGGUAUAUUUUAUUCAUUUUUGUAAAGCAUUCUGUUUUGUGUUUACUAAUUGGGAUGUCAUAGAAUUUGGCUGCCGGGUUUUUUGUGUGUGUGUGUGUUUUUUUUGUUGUUUUUUGUUUUUUGUUUUUAACUUUUGGGCAAAUUUUGAAAAGGGGUAUUGAUACUAAAUAUGCAUGUGGUAAAAAGAAAUUGACUAGAUAGAGGGGGUAUUUUCUGAACACUGCAGAAAUAAAAUACAGCAAAGUGGCUUGAGUCAUCACUUGAGAGUGUCCAUAUCCUAAGAGUUUUUGAGAAGAUCUAAUUAUUCUUCCAUUUUCCAAGUUCUUAUGAGCCACUGACAGCAGGCAGCCUAUGCUGAAACAUGGUAUUAUUGGAACACAACUGCAACCCCCACCAAGGUAUUUUCUUUGUUAAAUUGGUCUGAAUUCUCAGCCUCAUUUGGUGUAAAAAAGCAGAAAUCCACAAACACUAAGGGAUUGUAUUGAUCAUUUCAGAUGGUAGAAAAUAACUUACUUCUUUCUCUGAAAGCUUUGUAAGUUUGUCGAUGAUUUUUGUUCAUUCAGUUGUGCCUUCUUUGUGUCACAGUAAGAUGAAGUUGCUUAAGGUAAUCACAAGUUGUGUAAGGGUUGCAUUAACAAACUUGUGAGCCUUCAAAGGGGUAGACCAGCAGGAUGAGAGGGUCCCUAGAAAGUUUAUCUGAUAAGUAUGUCCAGCAACCUAGUAAGGAAAUGAAGCCUAUAUAUCCUGACAUUUUGUUGCUUAUACUGUGACAUAUCAUCCUAGCUAAGCUCUGUAAGUUCCAAGACCCUAAGCAGUACUUUUACUUUGUGCAAAAAUAAAGACAUAGCCAAUACAAAUCAAAUGCCAGAGGUAUUUGAAUGUUGCCAUAUUUGCAAACUGCCAUCUAUUGGAAUAGUCAUCACACUACAUAGACAGAAUUUGAUUAUCCCCUUUUGGCUUAUGGGAUUUCCUGUUUACAAGUAGAAUAGUCAAUUAUUUAAAUGUUAGUUGCCAUAGUGAACCAGGAGUCACUGAGCCAAUGACUACCAGCUGCUGACUAAUCCUCAUCACCACUGUAGAUUUUGCUGCAUGUGCAGGUCCUCUUAUUUUUUAAUUGCUGUUUUUGUUGCUGCAGUACUUUACAAACUUCUAGUUCAUUGAGACUUAGUGACCAGUUGGUUAACAUCACACAAUAAGAAACACCACUUCCAGAAGUCUCAAGCCUCAGAGCUAAAGUACUACUGAAAGGAACUUGGAAGUUUGCUAAAUGAAAAAACAUAACAAUAAAUAAAUAAAAGUUAUAGUGGUCAGGGAAUCUCUUGACAAAAGCUAACUUCUUUUUGGGGGGGGGAGGUGGGGGGGUCAUGUUUUGUUUUGUUUUGUUUGUGUUUUGUUUUAUAAUGAAGGAUCAACCCAAUGUUGAAAGUCAGAUGUUAUUUGGUAUUCAUUGCUUGUAUGGAAGUUGAAUUGGAGCUGUGAAUAUGACUUGAAGAAAAAAAAAUAUCCUUUCUGUGACAGAUCAGAAUUUCUUACAAGUUGAUGUCCUGCCCACUCCCCAGUUAUCUUGAAAGACUUGCUGCUAACUCUGCAUCCUGCUUUUCAUGUAGUCAGAGGGCUCCAAGGUUGAACUCUGCAAGUCCCUCAAAAUGCUUUUCAUGUAGACCAAACUAGUGACCAAAUUAUAAUAUGUCACUGAUGUAGUCUUGGUUUUCUCAACCAAAUUUUAAGUCUUCCCUAGGUAUAUCAGUCCAGUUUCCAUGAAUCCCCCCUUUAGGAAUUUCUGACACUGAUUUGAAGGGAAAUGAGAAGAAAAAUUAAAAUUUUGUGUAAGUCUUUUAAAAAUCAAAUCACGGUGGAGUUCACACACACUUCUAGACAGUGCUUCAAGUAGUACACUGAUGUAUUAUUGUCCUCUAGGCUCUGCUCUAGAUCACCAGUUUUUAGGUAAAUAUGUAUAUUUGUUCCAUCUAAUGAAAAGGACUUUUAGUCUUGCUAAUUUUCCCCCCAUUUAGAUAUUUUAAGAACUUUCAAGCAAGUAUUUGGAGGAAAAUAAUAAGAGCUGCAGAAUUUAACAAAAUUCCCCCAAAUAUAGAAUACCUUUAAACUCACCCCUCAUAGAUCUAGCCCUUUUCUACUACUGCAGAGGUAGAAUAGGAAAGCAGAUCAGAUUUGCAUACAAAAUUCUUUUAAAUUCAAAAUACUACCAGUGAUACGUUUUAAAGUCCAGUUGUGAACUUCACAUAGUCAAAUUGAGUCACUUAAAUUCAUUGAGAUCAUAUGUACUUAUAAAAGAGUGAUUGAAUAUUGACUCCCAAGUGUCUAUCCAGUAGGGCUUUGUAUGUAAUUUAAUUGUAUGGCAACCAGUUUUAUAUGUAAGUUAUGACUAUACCUGGAUUAUGCCAUUAAACUAAUCUUAAUUAAAAAUAUAUGUAGUCUGCAAAAAUGAUUCAAAUUGGUUCAUUUGUCUAUGAGAUCUAACUUCUGAGGGAUCUCAUACAUGGUAGGAAUCAUCACAUAGUGAAACUGGUAACAGGAAAAUUUGAAAGGUUGUGAUGAGUUAUCCUAAGGAAAGAGCAAGCACUUUCUGAAUCAGUGUGCAAAUGUCAACAUUUGAUCAAAUUAACGCUACCUCCUCCCUGGUGUUGGUGUUCACUUAUAUAUACAUACGUGUGUGUGUGUGUGUGUGUGUGUGUGUGUGUGUGUGUGUGUGUAAGAAAAUUUUAAGUAUGGGAAAUUUAUGUAGCAUAUCAGAAGUUUUAGAUGCUAUAUCUGGUAUCCAGAGCCUGGCAGUGAAAGUUUUCUUGUGUUCACCCUUCUCCCUGUUUUGGGCUAACAUUUUAAAAAUGCAAAGCCUCAUAUAUCUUGAAACAUUUUAUUCCUAAUUAGAUUCCCUCCCCUUUGCACAUAUUUUUUUUCUCCUCUUUUAAACUCAACUCUAUCCCAAAAUUAGUGUCUGAAAGCAUUUUCAUUAGAUAAUGUUAGCUAAAAAAUGUUUAUAUUUUCAUUCGGAGAUGCCAUUCUUUUGAGGCAAAUAGUCCUGCAUUUGAAGUCAUACUCACAGGUGUAAUAUGCUUAGUACUUUUAAGUCAAGAAUUUAUUGGUAAAUUGAACUUCUUGGCAUAGUCAUUAUGAUUUUUGACUGAACAUCAUGUAAACAUCAUUCAAAACAUUAAAAAACCGUCCUGGACAUUCCCCUCCUACUUCCACCAAUUUUUUCUCACUGCCUUUUCAAAAAUUGAAAACUGUGUUUUUUUCAAACCCUAAGGCAGACUUUUUGCUUCUGUAAGUGCUAAAUGUCUGGCAUUUUAAACUUUUAUAGAAUACAUUGUGUUAGACACUGGAAUAAUACUAUUUAUUUUCACCUGUGAAAAAUGACUUUAUUGUACUUGAAACACCUCCUUUGCAUUUCUCCAUUUGUGCCAUUCACUAGUGGAAAUAAAUUGUAUUAUACCAUGAUCUACUGGCUUUUAAAAACUGUGUUAAAUAUGCACAUUUUUGGUAUAGCUAUUAUCAUUUGUAUGUAUAUAUUGUAUAUACAUAUGAGUGUCUAUAUGUGUGUAUAAAUGGGUGAAUGUAACUCAUACUGUACAUUUCCAUCAGGGCACUUAAUAAGGUUCUGUUUUUGUUUGGUUUUAUUAUUUCAGUCCUCAAUUAUGGCCAGAAUGCAUGUGUUUUUAAAGAAUGAGUUGAGUACUCUGGGUUGAUAUUUAUGAGAAGAUGAACAUCUGUGCAGUCUUUCCCUUUUUAAUUCCCUCUUAGCACUUGUGUGAGUGGAAAGAAGGUUAAGUAAAAUAUGGACCUGUAAGUUACAGUGCAGUAAAAUUGUUCUGGGGAAGGAGCCAGCUAGUGUUUUUGUGAGUUUGCGUCAUGCUGCAAUUAAAAUGUAAAUGAUGCAGAGAGAAAUGAACUGUGGAAAGAAAGAACACUGGUGGUGAUUCCUCUGCAAAGAUGAUAAAAAGAACCAAUAAGUCACACAGUCUUUAUGUACUUUGUGCAUGUAUUUCUUAGUUGUGAUGCCAUUGAUCCUCUUACUCGUUUUUAGUCCAUUAAUAGUAACAAUUAUAUAUUUUGCUGAGGAUCAGAACAGCCAACAGAGGAAUUACUACGAAAGCAUGUAAGGUACUCCUAAAGCAUAAAAUCAACAGGAAAUGGCCACUGGGAGCAAAGGAUAUGGUGUGAGGGACUUUCUCCUUUUAGCUGCCUCUUCUUGCUUGCUAAUAGUAAGUUCUUUGUGCACCUUCCACCCCUUCUGAGCCACUACUAUUCAAGCAGAGAUUUGGCCCAACACAGCACCCUUGGAGGUUUAUACAGUUCUGCAUUUUGUCCCAUGCUCAAAAUGUGAAGUGUCCUAGUGUGUAUUCAAGUCAGAAAAUAAUUUAUUUAAGGUGUGUAAGUGUGAAUCUUCUAUAAUAUUGGAAGAAGAGAUUCUCAUUAUUUUAGAGCCUUCUUUAAGGAAUAAAGUCAGUACAUGGGCUGUCAUCUUUGUGUUGCUUACCAAAAUAUAGAUCAGUAUUGAAGAGAAAUUCUCCAUUUUGUUCUCCCCCAUCAGACAUGAUACUAUUCCCACCUAGGUAUAGCAUUGCCUUUUAAAAGGCACUUGAUCAUUCUUAAUUGUUAAGAACUGGAAAUUUCCCAUCCUCAGAUUCCUUACAGGAUGAAGAGUGUGCUGUACACUUAGCAUACUUGCCUUUUAAAUGCAAGAACUACUGAUUGAAGUCUGUUUUGCUGUGUCUGGUUAUGUUAGCUGCACUUUUAUGCAAUCACUACAGUAGAUCUGCAUUGGAAAUGACUAUUAAUUUGUAAAGAAGUAAGUUUUAUUAAACACUGUCUAGAAAAAAGUGAAGCUGAGAACUCUUCCUUUUUUGUGCAUUUGUAUUUUCUACUGAGUUGUAUUGACUCAUUUUUUUCCUCGUUUAUAUUCAGAUUUCCAAAAUUUCACUUGUACAAGGGAAUAGAACCUAUUUGGCCUAAUGGUACUCUUCAGAUCAUAACAAAUAUAUAACUUUGCACCUUAUCUGCCUGUUGUAAGUUUCUUAAACUUGUACUUCCCACCCACCCAAAGAUAGAUAUAUUUUUAAAAAAAGAGAGGCAGAGAAUUAAAACUAAGGAGGCAUGUGCUUUGUCACCAUCACUGUUAAUGUUUCCCAGCAACCCAAACUUUGAAAUUUCAGAGAUUUGUGUGUCUGUUUGUAUUCUUUGUUUUUAAUUAUACAAGGGGUUCUUCUUUACGUAGAGAAAAAGGUUAAUCUUCUCAAACAGAAGAAUGCCCACUGGACAAUACUAAUCUGAACAUCUGUAGGUAGUUGCCAUAAAAAAGUGGAGUAAGGAUGAGACUUCCGAAUGAAUGAAAAAGGAUAUCUUGAUGCCCAAGAAUUCCCCUCAAAGUACGGGUAAUUCAACCUGCACAGUUUCCUUUCACUCAUAGUUUUUAGCAAUUGUGAGUGAAAAAUCAUGUAAUUAUCUGUAAAUAUGUAGCUAACAAAUUGACCUAGUUUCUGUAUUUUUUUUAUUUUGUACUAAAAUUAUAAGUCUGUGCCAGCUAGCGAGGAGUUGCUGUCAUUGCCAGUUGUGGUUCUAGCAUCUAACCCUGAAACCAUCCUAGGUGACAUUUUUAGAAUAAAUGCUUAAAUGUUGUUAAACAUGGGGGAAAUGAAGCUUAAUUAUUGGUCAGGUUUGAAAUCUUUUGAAACUUAAUUUUAUUUAAUAUAAUGAUUACAUGUUCUUAAUCAUGAGUGAGGUAGGGAGCCUCCCUCCCCCAGUGGCCAUGUUUACAGAAGUGUGUCUUGUCUAUAAAGUGCAAGUGUGUUAAUGUUUAUGUAAAUUAUGCAGGUGAUAACAUUAUGGUUUGGGACUGUUUAUGGGCUCCUUAACUGAAUUUUCAAAUGAAAUGAACUAUGCUUAUUGCUGGCACAUUCAUCCCAUUUCUGGAACACUUUUCCUAUUUCCAGAAUUACAUAUGUUCCUUAGACAUUACCCUCACUUAACCUCCCUUUCUCUGAUAUGCCUUGUAGCCAAGGUAUUAAAAGACUGGUGAACAUAGAUGAGGGAAAUGCAUUUUUAAAAAAAUCCAUGAACCCUCAAUUGUAUGCUUUCAGUACUUGUGUUAUGUUUUUAUGGCAACUUUGAAGUCAGUGGUUUAGAAAUGAGAUACCAGUGUUAAUGAAAAGUGUGUACUCUUUGCUUUUGCAUGGCUUGGCUUAGUAUCCAAGGUAUAUUAGAGCCACUUGAAAGCAUGAAGACCAGUUAUAUGGGAAUAGGUUUCUAUCUGUGGCACAUUUUGCUUUUUCUUAACCCUCAAAUACAUUGCCUAGGCAUGAACAUUAUUGUUACUAUAAAUUGCACAUGGUCAUAGAGUGAAUUAUGUAAUUAAAAAGGGUGCAGCUGCCUUAUGUUUGCAGUUCCUAGCUGCUGUGUGUGACAGUUUGGCACAUAUCAAAAUACCUAGGGGGUAUUGGAAUACUUCUAGCCCUUUUGGGGGGUGAUAAACAGGUAUGUUUAACUUAUCAAAGUGUUGGCUGUCCCUGGUGUAUUGCCAGACAGCUGUCAUUUGGUGCCCAUUCCAAAUGUGCUGUUGUCCUUCCUUUGCAUUUCACACUACCAGAGAAACCACCACCCCUUCUUCCUGACACAUUUUCUGCCUUUUAUUUCAUAUAAAAUGGGAAUUGUGCCUACAAAGAGUGCCCUUCCAUUUAAUUGCACGAGUCCCAAAACAAUCCAAGCCAGAGACACAAGGUGGGAAAACAUUUCAAAAAAACAAAACAAAAAAACAAGUUCACUUGAGGCCAGUAAUUUAUCUGACAAGGUCUUUUAUCACAUUAUCUUGACACU